UUAUAAUUGUAUCCUAUCUAGAAAUGUUUAUUUAUCUUAUUUCUAGGUUUGCUUAUUUGGGAACAUGUUCUAGGGCACUUUACUUCUGCGCAUUUCUGCGGUGCAGCGUCAUCAUAUUCUGAAAUCCUUUUCCUGUCUAGGGUGUAAACCACACAAGCCACAUGAAAGAGAACUCAUAGAUCAACUUGCAGAAUUUGUAGUUGGGUUUUUAUUUCAGCAGUUUCAUGAAAAAGAAAAGUACUUUGUCUUUUUGUUAUGCUUUAUUCACAGGAGGGCAUUAUCAAUUAGAAUAAAGAUUUUGCAUGCAUAAAUAAAAUUCUGUUUCCCUCUAUAUAUACGGCCUCCUUCGGUUUGCAUGUCUCAUUGCAGCCAUCUCAGUUCUCUCUGUGUGCUUGUACUGACAUAUAAGGCCAACUAUGGACUACUCAAAUUUGCGUCGCCAAAUUACCUUCAUGAAGAAAAGUUUCUUUGAUCAGGGUUACCUUGAUGAACAGUUCAAUCAGCUGGAAGAACUGCAGGACGAAUCAAGCCCCAAUUUCGUUGAGGAAGUUGUGGCUUUGUUUCUGAAAGAUUCGCCGAGAUUGUUGUCAAACAUAGAACAAACAAUUGGGAAGUACCCUCAGGAUUUCUACCGGUUAGAUUCUCUUGUGCACCAGCUCAAAGGCAGCGGAUCCAGCAUUGGAGCAGUGAGGAUGAAGAACGAGUGCUCGGUGUUUAAGGCACACUGCAAUGACAGGAAUCUGGAAGGGUAUUGCAUCACUCGUGCUUUGUUUUCAUCUCUUGUCGCCAGGCGAUUUGCUCAUCUAGUGUGUCCAUGGUUGUGCUUCAGAUGCCGCAGGUCACUGCAGAAGAUGAAGAGGGAGCAUGCCACUCUGAAGCAGAAGCUGGAGUCAUAUUUUCAGUUACUGCGGCAAGUCGGGCCUCGCGAGCAUGCCGUGAACUCAAGGAAGUAAGAAGAUAGCAUAUGGAAUGCAGUUCAAAGGGAACUAAGGGACCAGCUACCUCUCUCCCUUGGGAGCUUUUAUCAUCCAUAAUUUUUGCUUGCUUUUAACCUGGGCCCUUUUGUCGUUCAUGGGUGGCCUAGUUCUUUGUUGUGUGAAGCUUGCUCAUGCAUACACAGCCCCUGCCUUGCUAUGGGGAAUGACAUGAUGUAAUCUAACUCCUUUCUUUCACGAAUACGCAAAGCUUGCUUUUGCGAAUCACGUGUUGUACCACCCCUAUGUAAUCUAACUCCGCGUAGCUGUGCCCCGAAUAUAAUGAUACUAGUAAAAUGCCCGUACGUUGCUACGGGCUACAAUGCAUA